CUUCAUCAAACUCCAUCACACUCAACUAGAACAACAAAAACCCAAAUCCUCAACUAAACAACAGAAAAUCUCUAAUUUCUCUCUUCAGAAAUUCAAAAUGUCUGGCCGUGGAAAAGGUGGAAAGGGUCUCGGAAAGGGUGGAGCAAAACGACACCGUAAAGUACUCCGCGACAACAUUCAAGGAAUAACAAAGCCAGCAAUUCGUCGUCUUGCUCGUAGAGGAGGAGUGAAACGUAUAAGCGGUUUGAUUUACGAAGAGACUCGUGGUGUACUCAAGAUCUUUCUCGAGAACGUGAUUCGUGAUGCUGUUACUUACACUGAGCAUGCCAGGAGGAAGACUGUUACUGCUAUGGAUGUUGUUUAUGCUCUUAAGAGACAAGGAAGGACUCUAUAUGGAUUUGGGGGUUAAAUUAGGGUUAGGGUUUCUUGUCGAUCUGUUUUCUUUGGUUGUAGUUGAUGUUUGUGUUUAUUUUGGGAGGGAAAUUGAAUGUUAAUGAUUGGGGGUUCUUAGGGAUUUGAAAAAUAUUGUUGAUGUGUUUGAUAUGAAUAUGUUUGCAGCAGCAAUCUUGUAAUCCAAUCAUUAUAAUGUCAAUGUUACAACCAUAUAAUUGUCGCUUCCUUUUAGCAA